AUAGGAAGCUACGUUUCAUUUCCGAGACGCGUUGGCAAUUUCCUAAACACGGGAAGUCGGUCCCUACAUUGACAGUCCAAGGAUAAGAUGUGGUGAAUGCUUUCUAGCUGACAAGCUACCGAAACUGGAAACAUUGGAGACAGUCGGACAUGCGAAGGUCCCCCUAACAUGGAAACAGAGAUGAUUCCGAAAUUUUCAUCCAAGGACGAGGAAAUCGAUUACUGGAAGACACUUUCCCUGAAGUAUAAGGAAAGUUACCAUGACGCCCAGGAGGAGCUGCAGGAGUUCCAGGAGGGCAGCCGGGAGUUGGAGGCCGAGCUGGAGGCCCAGCUGGGCCAGGCGGAGCACCGGCUCCGAGACCUGCAGACGGAGAACCAGAGGCUGAAAAGCGACGUGGACUCCCUCAAGGAGAAGCUGGAGCAGCAUUACUCCCAGAGCUACAAGCAGAUCUCCGUGCUGGAGGACGACCUGGGCCAGACGCGCAGCAUCAAGGAGCAGCUCCACAAAUACGUCCGAGAGCUGGAGCAGGCGAACGACGACCUGGAGAGAGCCAAGAGGGCCACCAUUGUGUCUCUGGAGGACUUUGAGGGCCGCCUGAACCAGGCCAUCGAGAGGAACGCCUUCCUGGAGAGCGAGCUGGACGAGAAGGAGUCUCUCCUGGUCUCGGUGCAGAGGCUGAAGGAUGAGGCCAGAGACCUGAGGCAGGAGCUGGCCGUGAGGGAGCGCAGCACGGACGUGACCGGGAUGUCAGACCCCGGCUCGCCCACCCUGGAGCUCGACAAGACGGACUCGGCCGUCCAAGCCUCGCUGUCUCUCCCCGCCACCCCCGUGGGAAAGGGCGUGGAGCACCCCUUCGUCAGCUCCAAAGCCUUGACCAACGGCUGUGGAAGCUCUCCCCUGACCCCCUCGGCAAGAAUCUCUGCUCUUAACAUCGUCGGUGACCUUCUGAGAAAAGUUGGGGCGCUGGAGUCCAAACUAGCUGCUUGUAGGAACUUCGCCAAGGACCAUUCGGCCAGGAAGAGCUACUCCACAACCAACGGCACCCUCAUCAACAGCAACGCCACCAAGUUCUCCCACUCUCUGCACACCACCUACUUUGACAAGACGACUGUGAAUGGACUGGACAACAGCACUCUGACUGCCAUGGCGUCACCCAGGACUGUGUCCCCCCCUGGCAUGCUGCCACUCAUUGUGUGAGCCCCCCUCCCCCCCUCACUCCACCCACUGUGCCCCCACAUGCAUACCUCCCAAAGCAAGGGAACAGACACAACCCUGGAAUGACCGUUACAUUGUGUCCGGUGUUUCUCUUUUUGAUUGAGAGGGAGAGAUGGUGUGUGAUGAGUGCAUGUGCGCUUGAGUGCAAGAGAGAGGGCGUUUGUGUGUGUGUGUGUGUGUGCCCGCGCGUUUGAGAGAGAAACUUGAAUAUACACACUUGACAUGCCUCACUGUUUGCAGCUGUAAAUGUUCCCAUUAGUCUGCGUGUGCCCGGGUUGUGAGUGUGUGGGUCGACCGCACACAGACACGUAGCCUGCCUGCUAAGACCUCCAAGUCUCCAAGUGGUUCCAGGAUGCCCCACUUCCACAUAUCUGCUCAAACCACUCCACCUGACAAGAGUCUUCAGUUAGACCGCAAAACAGCAAGAAGGAUCGUUCUGUCUUAUUUACCUGUUCAGUUUGUUGCACAGCCUAAGAUCAUUUCUACGUAGCAUAUGUUAUAUGAGA